UCCCGGUAUAUAUGACUCAGCACACAUAUGAGAGUCACACCUCUUGCUGAAAACAUCUCUGUCCACCACAAACUGUCGUUUGCAUUUUAACUUGUUGACUGAAGUUUCGGAGGAUUUAAAGCAGGAGAGAUUGUGUCCGAGUUACUUUCGCUUUGUACAAAGAACAGUCAGAAUGGUGAAGUGCUGCGGGCUCGUGUCAGAGACAAAUAUUCCAGUUCCUCUGAAGAACAUCUCAGUGGAUCUGCAGGUCCAGGAUCAUAUAGUUUCAGUCUCCUCCAGUCUGCAGUAUGUGAAUGAAGAACUUUCUCCUCUGGAAGCUGUGUUUGUGUUCCCUCUGCCCGCUGAUGCUGCUGUCUGCCACUUCAGUGCCAAGAUCGGAGAGCAAGAGAUUGUGGCCGAGGUGCAAGACAGACAGAGCGCGAAGGAUCAGUAUGAUGAUGCUGUGAGUUCAGGCCAGCAGGCGUUUCUUUUGGAAGAGAGUGAAGAGAGUUCUGAUGUUUUCAGACUGAGUGUCGGGUGUUUGUCACCGGGUCAGAAGGCCACCGUCACCAUCAUUUAUGUGAUGGAGCUCGCUGUGCAGGCUGACCACGCCCUGCGCUUCUGUCUGCCCGCUGUACUCAACCCACGAUACACACCAGCAGGUUCUGGUGGUGGAAUCGUUUCUGAGGUUUCAUCAGUAUCUGCCGUUCCGUACUCUCUCUCUCUUGGUGUCCAUGUGAGAUCUUCAAACCCAGUUUCCAAACUUGAGUCCAACUGCCGUCUGGAUCCUGUAGAGUUCCUGAACUCUGAUCACACUCAUGCAACGGUGAGUCUCAGUCCCGGUCACAUGUUUGAUAAAGAUGUUGAGGUGUUUGUGUACUACGAGAAUACCCAUCAGCCCACUGCAGUCGUGGAGGCAGGAGUGGCCACUGCACCACCGGGUUCUUUGAUGGCCGAUCCAGUGCUCAUGAUCAGUUUGUACCCAGAGUUCCCUGAGGAAGUGAUGUCAUCAUUGGUAUCUCAAGGCGAGUUUGUUUUUGUGAUUGACAGGUCAGGCAGUAUGGACUGCAUGAUGCAUCAUGGGGAAGGGGCACAGAUGCGCAUACAAAGUGCAAAGGACACACUGCUGUUACUGUUGAAGAGUCUGCCCAUGGGAUGCUACUUCAAUAUCUAUGGAUUUGGCUCUCACUUUGAGUCCUUUUUCCCGCAGAGUGUCGUGUACAGUCAGGACACGAUGGAAGAGGCUGUGAAGAGGGUUCAGCAAAUGGGAGCAAACAUGGGUGGCACAGAGAUUUUAGAGCCUCUGAAACACAUCUACAGUCAGCCGUGUUUCCCCGAUCACCCCAGACAGUUGUUCAUCUUCACUGAUGGAGAAGUGUGCAACACUAAACAGGUGCUGGACCUGGUGAAGAGUAACGUCUUCUCUCACAGGUGUUUCUCAUUUGGGAUCGGUGAGGGUGCGAGUAGCGCCCUCAUUUCAGGAAUGGCCAGAGAAGGUUCUGGUCACGCUCAGUUCAUCACAGGCGCUGACCGUAUGCAACCCAAAGUGAUGCAGUCGCUCAGAUUUGCGCUGCAGCCAGCGGUCGAUAACAUCUCUGUGACCUGGACUCUUCCUGACGGCGUCUCUGUCGAAACACUGUCCCCACCCAUCCGGGUGCUCUUCCGGGGUCAAAGGGCAAUCAUUUACGCACAGCUGAAAGGACAGAGUUCUGGAAGCUGUGAGGGAGCAGUGAUGAUGAAAUACAACCUGAAAAAUCAACCAGUGACUAACCAGAUAAACUUCACCCUAAAACCAGCCCAAGACACAGGAUUGGCCGUCCACCGGCUGGCGGUGCGCUCUGUGAUUGGUCGUCUGGAGCAGGAGGAGCGAGCGGGAGGUGCAGAUGUGGAGGAGAUCAAGAGAAAGAUGGUGGAGCUCAGCAUUCAAGCAGGAGUGAGCUGCGUUCAUACGGCCUUCAUCGGCAUUAAUAAAAACAACAGAGAGACUGUGAAAGGACCACUGCUGCAGAGGAGAGUCCCGACACAACGUCAGUCGUAUUUAUUUGGGAUGCCUGCGAUGGGGCGGAUGGCUAGGAGCUGUGCUGCUAGGGUGCUAGGGAGUCCCCCUAUGUUCAUGAGCUGUGCCCCUAUGAUGAUGCCACAAGCCCAAAUGAUGAAGUGCAGUGCCACCCCUCCGAUCCCUUUCUACAGCUCGAUGAUUGAAUGUGAUGAAAUAUCACAGCCGGAGGCGGAACCCCAGCAGGACCCUUUGCUCCAGCUGAUCACUCUUCAGAAGGCUGCAGGAUUCUGGGAGCUUGGUGCCUCAUUGGCUCAUGUGAUUGGAAAGGCAGAAGAUCAGGUGACCAAUCAGAAACCAGACAAGGUGGAUGGGUCAGUUUGGGCCACAGUUCUGGCUCUGAUCUGGUUAAACGGGUUUAAAAAAGAUGAUCAGGUUGAAUGGCAGUUUAUGGCUAUGAAGGCGGUGUCAUGGAUUCACUCGCAGAAAGUGGGCACUCUCUCUCAGUGUGUGUGUGCUGGGAAUCUCCUGCUGGAUUGUCAAGUGUCUGAAGACAUGCUGGGAAUCUAAAGACGCUCUUUCAGUGUGUUUCAUCAACAUUAACUACAUAUACUCAGUGCUUUUUUGCUGAUAUCACAAUUUAACUUUAAUAACUGACAGAUGUAUUUAUCUUUGUAUCAGUUAUUAUUAAAACUGUCCUGAACUCAUAUUAGUGUUGUGUAUGUGAUGCUGUAAAUAUUCACACUGCUUGUGACUUCCUAGUCUGAUACAGUGCCUUCACAAAGUUUUCAGACCCCUUAAU